UCUUGGAAUCAUCCUGCUUCCCCUGCGUGCCUUGAUGGUGGCAUUUGUCUUAUUACUGGCAUGGCCAUUUGCUGCAGUGGCUACUGCGUGUUGCCCUGAAAAGCUGACCCAUCCAAUAACCGACUGGAGGAGGAAAAUUACUCACCCAGCUUUGAAGUUUCUGGGUCGUGCCUUGUUCUUCUCAAUGGGAUUUCUAGUUACUGUGAAAGGAAAGAUUGCCAGUCCUUUGGAAGCACCAAUUUUUGUUGUCGCUCCUCAUUCAACAUUCUUUGACGGAAUUGCUUGUGUUGUGGCAGGAUUACCUUCCCUGGUGUCUCGCAAUGAGAAUGCAUAUACCCCUCUGAUUGGCAGACUGUUACGGGCUGUGCAGCCAGUGUUGGUGUCCCGUGUAGAUCCGGAUUCUCGAAAAAACACAAUCAAUGAGAUAAUAAAGCGAGCCACAUCAGGAGGGGAAUGGCCCCAGUUUAUGCCUGUUCAAGUACCAAACGAUGAAGAGAAAAAAGAUCCUGUGCUUUUUGCCAGUAGAGUCCGGAGUUUAAUGGCAGACACUCUGGGCGUGCCAGUGACAGACCACACGUAUGAGGACUGCAGGCUCAUGAUUUCAGCUGGACAGCUCACACUGCCCAUGGAAGCUGGGCUGGUGGAAUUUACCAAAAUCAGCCGUAAGUUAAAACUAGAUUGGGAUGGCAUUCGUAAGCACCUGGAUGAGUAUGCAUCCAUUGCAAGUUCCUCCAAAGGAGGGAGAAUUGGAAUCGAAGAAUUUGCAGAAUACUUGAAGUUACCUGUUUCAGAUGUCCUGCGACAACUUUUUGCACUCUUUGACAGGAACAAUGAUGGCAGCAUCGACUUCCGAGAGUAUGUCAUUGGCCUGGCUGUGCUGUGCAACCCUGCCAACACAGAGGAGAUCAUCCAGAUGGCAUUUAAGCUCUUUGAUGUCGAUGAGGAUGGCUACAUAAUGGAAGAGGAGUUUACCACUCUCCUGCAGGCUUCUCUCGGAGUGCCUGACCUUGAUGUCUCUGGUCUCUUCAAGGAAAUUGCCCAGGGGGAUUCUAUCUCCUAUGAGGAAUUCAAAAGUUUUGCCUUAAAACAUCCGGAAUAUGCUAAGAUAUUCACAACAUACUUAGACCUUCAGACAUGUCAUGUAUUCUCACUGCCAAAUGAAGCCCAGCCUGCUCCUUCCAUUCCAAGUAAUAAAGUCAGUCCUGAGAGCCAUGAAGAAAGUCCAUCAGACAAAAAGGAUGACUGAAAGUCAUAUUGCCAUGAAGAACACAAUGGUGUGGGCUUGAAAUUAUGCAGGCAUUUAUUGAUCAUAUUUGAAAUGUCUGUUGAGCAAUAAUGUCUAAAAUGGAAAGCUUUUUUUGUAAAAAUGAUAGAUUUUCUUACUAAAAAUGCUUUUAUUAAUUUGCACAUAUUGAGUCAUAUUCCUUUUCCACUUGCUAUAAUGCUGUAUUGGUCUACUGAGGAUAAUGCUGCAUAUUUCUUAAUGGAUAUUUCUAAUUUAACUGGCAUAACCAAAGGAAUACCUCGGUUUUGUUAUUUACUGGUCAGCAUUGACACUGUAAAGAGUUUUAAAAUAUACUUUUAAAUUCACUUUCUUCUUUUAAGAAAACACAAUAAUAAUAUUAUUUUUCUCUAAUCCUUUCCCUUUCUGGGAAAAUAACUAAGAAUUUGAGAGAAACAUUUCAGUUUUCUUUUUAUUUCCACAGAUUUCCUUUUCCAUUUAAACUUUGAUUUCUUGGAUCACUAGAUCUAGAAAGGAGGGCUCCAGUCAUAGAUGAGGUUUUGUAUUCAUGUAUUUCCCUCCCACACCUCUCUCUGUGUUUCUCUGUCUCUUUCUACGUCUUCUCCCCUUCUUUCUCUGU